CUCUCCUUUCUCACAGCUUCUCAUAAUCAUUCCACCGGACAUAUUUUCUCAUAAUCUUUCUAUCCCUUCCGCAUCUUCUCCAUCUAGCGUUUCGGAGGAUCUUGACAGAUUGCUCAUCGCCAGAUCUCUCCUUAGAUGGACUUCGUUCUUCUCCUGAUUGAUGCCUACUUGCCGCAGUAGACCAUCUAUCCUUGUCGUUUUCCAGGGCAGAGUUUUCUAGGGUUUUGUUGCGGUCUUCUACUCCAGCUCAUGGGCGUGACUUCAACGGAAAACGAGCAAAGUCAAGCCUUGAUGUUGGCGUUGCGUUCUUGCGUCAACAAUGUUACCAUAGAUCUCAGCUUUUUCAACACGGAGCAUUGGUAAACCCUAGUCUGCUAGGGAAGAUUUAAACCUGCUAUCUGGACUCAAGAAGCAGGGGCAUUAGAAGGUUUCUUUGAAUUUCAGUACUUGACUCUUAUUAGAGUAAAAUUUUUCGACAUGUCUGGAGCGCCCAAGGUCCGAUCCAUGAAUGUGGCAGAUUCAGAAGCUAGGCCAGUUCUCGGACCCGCUGGAAACAAGGCAAGGUCGACAUCAGCUGUGGCUCGCAAGGCGGGUUUGAAACCACUGAGAAAAAUAGAGGGAGAUGAGACUUUGUUAAAGGAAGAUAAAAAGGCGGCUCCUUUGGUUGUAGAUUCACAUCCUCUCUCGCCUCAAAUGAGUGCUCCGGCGGUUCUGAAGAGACAAGAACUACUACUGCGCUCUAAUUUUUCACUGAAUGCUUCUUGCUCUUCGGAUGCAUCAACAGAUUCAUUUUGCAGUAGAGCUUCGACUGGGAGAAUAGGAAGGGGGAGCUUUUCUGGCAGGAGAAGGCAGGGUUUUGCAAAGGCUGAGAAGAUUGUUGCGAAAUUGGAGAGGGUUGUACCUGACGGUGCUACGGUGCGGCCAGAGGAGAACUUGUUGGGGAAGAAGAGGUGUGCUUGGGUAACGCCAAAUAGUGAUCCCGCGUAUGUGGCAUUUCAUGAUGAAGAAUGGGGUGUUCCUGUUCAUGAUGAUGGGAAGCUUUUUGAAUUGCUUGUUCUAUCAGGUGCUUUAGCAGAACUCACUUGGCCGGUGAUUCUUAGCAAAAGGCACAUAUUUAGGGAAGUCUUCAUGGAAUUUGACCCCAUGUUGGUUUCAAAAAUCAAUGAGAAGAAGCUAACAGCUCCAGGAAGCCCUGCAAGUUCCCUUCUUUCAGAGCCAAAAUUGCGCGGGGUUGUCGAAAAUGCCCGAAUAAUUCUCAAGAUCAUAGAGGAGUUUGGAUCAUUUAACAAUUACUGCUGGGGCUUUGUGAACCAAAAACCAAUUACAAGCAGAUUCCGAUAUCCCCGUCAAGUACCGGUGAAGACGCCGAAGGCCGAUUCGAUCAGCAAGGACUUGGUUAGGAGGGGUUUCCGGUGCGUCGGGCCUACGGUCAUCUACUCCUUCAUGCAAACGGCAGGGAUGACCAAUGAUCAUCUCAUUGGCUGCUACCGGUUCGACGAAUGCUGUGCCGCCUUUAAUCCUGCUGACCAUGUUGCUUCCGGUUGCAUCAAUGGAGAAGAAGCUGAGGUGAAGGUAAAUGGUGAUAAGAAUGAAGAGAAGAGGAUUGAUGGUGAACUUGAUAUUGGAGGUAGUGGUUUGGAGUUUGUUAGGGUUAUUGAUUCUGUUAGUGUCUCGUAGCAGCUGAUUUGAAGGGAAAGGAAGGUGAAGGCAGCCAUGUGAGAUUGUUUUGAAUUUGUGUGCCAGCUUAGACUGGUUCUUAUGCCUCUGGGUUUUUAUGCUUUAAUUUGCAGGGAAAGAUAUGGUCAUCCUGUGUAUAAAUGUUGAAUUCUUGUGCAAUUUUAAGUUUGUAGAUUUUUUAACCAGUUCAGUUAAUUGCUAAGAAUCCAGAUGUGUUUUGGAGU